AUGGAGAAUGCAUUUGCGAGCGCUUCUGCGAUUACAGACCAAAGGCAAAAGAUAGAGCAGUAUAAGCAUAUUCUUUCUGUUGUGAUUUCAUCAAAUGAUAUCGGUCAAGCUAGAAAGUUCAUAGAUCACAUUUUAUCAGAUGAUGUUCCUCUAGUAGUGUCACGGCAGCUUCUGCAGAGUUUUGCUGAAGAGUUGGGAAGAUUGACGCCGGAAACGCAGAAAGAGAUUGCUCAUUUCAUACUUACCCAGAUUCAGCCUCGAGUUGUGUCGUUUGAAGAACAGGUUUUGGUUAUUAGAGAGAAAUUGGAUGAACUUUAUGAAUCUGAGGAGCAAUGGUCAAAAGCUGCUCAGAUGCUCAGUGGUAUUAACCUAGAUUCAGGAAUGAGGGUAAUUGAUGAUACGUUCAGGUUAUCAAAGUGUGUCCAAAUUGCCUGUUUAUAUCUUGAGGAUGACGAUGUUGUCAAUGCUGAAGCUUUCAUUAAUAAAGCAUCAUUCUUGGUUAGCAAUAGCCAGCAUGAAGUGCUGAAUUUGGAGUACAAGGUUUGCUAUGCAAGGAUCUUAGAUCUGAAGAGGAAGUUCUUGGAGGCUGCCUUACGAUAUUAUGAUAUUUCUCAAAGCCCUGAAAAUGCAAAAUGGAGACACUGUCGAAAAACUCAAGACAGAAGCAGUUAA